AAUGGGAGGAAACAGAUAGAUAGAUAGGUAGAUCCUGGUCAACUCCUUAAACAACAACCUUCCAAAGGAGCGCCAAUGUCAACUCUACCCGUCUCCCCCUCCCCUUCUCGGAUAUGUCGCCCAUUUGUCUUGCCCCCGAUGCGCAUCCAGAUCCGGCGACACGCCGAUACGCCGCCGUCUCCUCCACCUCCACCUCGGCUUCCUCACUUUCAUGGGCAACCGCGCGGCGAGGCUCGCCACGCCCUGCUUCGCGUCGGGGGGCCGGUCCGCGGUGGACGCGGCCGGCGAGGGCGACGGUGGUGACUGCGCCGUCGGCCAGAUUCUGAGCUUUGACGGCUACGACGCGUUCGACGGCGCCACCAUCCACGGCGUGCUGCUCCCGUCCAACCAGUCCACCAUCGGCGCCGCCUCCUCCUCCUCCGCCAACUCCUUCUCCAACCAGCUGUCGCUCUCGGCGUCCUCCUCCUGCGACAGCUCCAGCUCCUUCUCCUUCCGCACGCUCCAGCCGGGCCUCUUCUCGGGGAGCCUGGACUACUGCGCGUCGCCGUCGUCGUCCUCGUCGUCCGGGCCGAACUCGGGCGCGCUGUCGUCCGCGGCGUCGCGGCGGGGCGCGCGCACUGAGGAGGACAUCAUGGCUGACCUCUACGCCACGCGGCGCCGGCGCCGGUGCCAGCUCCAGGAGGCCGCGUCCAGGAGCCCGCUCCUCGACCGCCUCCGCCGCGCCGUCGCGUCGGCGCUGCGCGUCGGCCGCGCGGCCAAGAAGCAGCCUGCCGUCACGACGGUCGCCACCAACGGCGGCAGCGGCGGCGUGAUCAGGAGCAACGGCGAGAACGGGCACGCGGCGGAGGACAAGGUGCAGUGGGCGCGCGGCAAGGCAGGGGAGGACAGGGUGCACGUCGUGGUGUCGGAGGAGCGGGGGUGGAUGUUCGUCGGCAUCUACGACGGCUUCAACGGCCCGGACGCCACCGACUACCUCGUCGCCAACCUCUACGCCUCCGUCUGCCGCGAGCUCCCCACCGACCACGAUCCUGCUCUGCCCGACGACGAGCAGCGGCGGCCGCCGUCGUCAUCGUGCAACGGCAGGAACAGCGCCGACGACCUGAUCCGGCGGCGGGGGCGGCACGGCGCGGUGCUGGACGCGCUGGCGCGCGCGCUGCGGCGCACGGAGGAGGGCUACUUCGCGGAGGCGGAGGCGCGCGCGGCCGAGUGCCCGGAGCUGGCCAUGAUGGGGUCCUGCGUGCUGGUGCUGCUCAUGAAGGGCGCCGACGUCUACUCCAUGAACGUCGGCGACAGCCGCGCCGUGCUCGCGCACCGGGCCGAGCCCGACCUCACCAGCGUCAUCAUGCCGCCACGCCACCGGCGCCAGCACAGCGCCGACGGCCACGGCCACGUCACGGAGGAGAUCAGGCGGCAGUUCGACGAGUGCGACAUGACGGAGCUCGUCGCGCUCCAGCUCACCAUGGAGCACAGCACCAGCGCCUACAAGGAGGUGAGAAGGAUAAGGAGUGAGCACCUUGAUGAUCCUGCCUGCAUACUCAAUGGCAGAGUGAAGGGCUCCUUGAAGGUCACAAGAGCAUUUGGAGCUGGCUACCUAAAAGAGCCUAGGUGGAACAAGGCUCUCUUGGAAGUUUUUCGGGUGGACUAUGUUGGCGUCUUGCCUUACAUUACUUGCAAGCCAUUUCUCCGGCACCACUGCCUCGGGCCGCGGGACAAGUUCCUUAUCCUCGCCUCGGACGGGCUCUACGAGUACUUCACCAACGAGGAGGUGGUGGGGCAGGUGGAGGCGUUCACCGCCAGGUUCCCCGAUGAGGAUCCUGCCAAGUACCUCAGCCACGAGAUCCUCCUCCGCGCCGCUAGGCAAGCCGGGAUGGGGUUCCAUGAGUUGCUUGAGGUACGACAAGGGGAACGGCGACAGUACCAUGACGACGUCUCCAUCAUCAUCAUCUCAUUGGAGGGGAAGAUAUGGAGAUCUUCAGCCUGAAUUGAUCAUGGUCGAUUACAAAACUAUAAUGGACUCUAGUGAUAGCAUACAUGGUUGCAUUUACGGUUUUCAAGAAUUAGCCCAUGAGCAGAGUAGUGCAUAACAAAAUUUUGUACGUAUAAGUGAUGGUUUCUUUUUCUUGUUUGGAUCGUGCUUUACAUGGUUGAGCGCUUGAUCAUGAGAUAUUUUGGGUAAAGCUACAACUUUUACCCAUCAUU